AUGUCUGAUCCAGUUUUGAAGGGCGGUUUGGCCCAGAUGCUCAAGGGCGGCGUCAUUAUGGACGUUGUCAAUGCUGAACAAGCUAAAAUCGCCGAAAGAGCUGGCGCUUGUGCGGUUAUGGCGUUGGAGAGAAUCCCUGCUGACAUGAGAGACUCGGGCCAGGUGUGCCGUAUGAGUGAUCCCAAGAUGAUCAAGUCAAUCAUCGAGUCGGUUUCGAUCCCCGUGAUGGCCAAGUGUCGUAUUGGCCAUUUCGUCGAGGCCCAGGUGCUCCAGGCCUUGGAGGUGGACUACAUUGACGAGUCCGAGGUGUUGACCCCAGCAGACUGGUCGCAUCACAUCCCCAAGAGCGAGUUCAAGGUUCCAUUUGUGUGUGGAGCCAAGGACCUUGGGGAGGCCUUGAGGAGAGUCAAUGAGGGUGCUGCCAUGUUGAGAACCAAGGGAGAGGCUGGCACUGGUGACAUUUCUGAGGCCGUCAAGCACAUGCGUAUUGUCACCAGCCAGAUCAAGCACGUUUUGUCGUUGGCUGGUAACCACGACGCUUUGCAGAAGUUGGCUGAUGAGUACAGAGUGCCCAAGAAGCUCUUGGACAAUCUCAUUGACGCCAACGGUAAGUUGCCUGUGGUGAACUUUGCUGCUGGUGGUGUGGCCACUCCCUCAGACGCUGCCUUGUGCAUGCAAUUGGGUUGCGACGGUGUUUUCGUUGGCUCUGGUAUUUUCAAGUCGAAGAACCCAGAGAAGUUGGCCAAGGCCAUUGUCGACGCUGUCACCCACUACAACGACCCGGCCAAGUUGUUGGAGGUGUCCACCGAUUUGGGUGAGUUGAUGUUCGGUAAGUCCAUCGAGCAGAUUCCCAACAAGGACAGAUUGGCAGGCCGCUAA